AUGACGUUUGUCUCGAACGGGUCAGCGGGCGGACCCGGCAACGAGCAAGCGCCGCCGCAACAGGUACCUCUCUCCCCCACGCACACCUCUUCUCCAACAAGUGCAAGCAGCAACGCCCCGCUCUCGGCUCUCAACAUGGUGAGCGGCGAGGCGUUGGCCUCGACGACCUCGGAAACCAAAGUAACAACGACGGCCCCGGGCGCCGGGUCGGCCGACGCCAACCCUGGUGGCAGGCCAAUUGGCUCCAGCAUGCUGGUGACGACCGAGACGGAGACCACAAACAGCACCAAUAACCACUCCCAACUGCAUGGAGAUGCCGAGGAGCACGUCGGCGACAUGGCGCCCGUCAAUGAGUCAUACUCGGUGGCGGGCUCAGAAAAUGGCGGUGGCGACCGAGCGCGCGCUGCCAAGCGGUCUAAGCUGUCAAGCUCGGCAGCUGUCACCCGGCAGACGGCCGAGGUGGACUCGGGUUCCGACUCGGACUAUGUCGAGGGAAAGAAGCAAGAUGGAGGCAAUGGCAAGCGCAAGCGCAGUAGUGCAUCCACCAAGCGAGGCGGUGGAGCCGCUGCCAAGAGUCGUCGAUGGGGCGGCAACCGCGCGUCGAGCCGCCUCUUUCCGCCGCAGGCCAAGGCUGUGUUCGAGACCUGGCUCAAAGAUCACCUUGACGAGCCGUAUCCUGAGGAGGAAGACGUGCUGAGGAUGGCGCAUGACGCUGACGUCAAGCCUGAUCAAGUCCUGCAGUGGUUCAUCAAUGCCCGCCGCCGGCAUCCGCUGCUUGUCAACCGCAACUUCAAGCGGUGUCGCCGUCGGUACUCCACCAUUUCCGACCGCGCCUCGACGCAACGCCGCAAGUCGCAGCGCCGGACAAGAAGCCCGGCCGAGCCAGCAACGGCUCCGAUGAUGACCGGGACCGGCGGACAGCCGGUGGCCGCAUCGUUCCUUUUCGGGCAAAGCGCCAGGGGCUCCGGCGGCGCCAGCUCGCUGAUGCUGCCCACGGCGCAAGACGGCGAUGUCGGCUACGGCACCACCGCGCCCAUCUAUCAGACUAUCGGUGCAGGCGGCGAGGUGUCGCUCAUGCCCGGUGCUAGCGGUGCCUCCUGGCCGGGCACUGCCGCAGCCAUGCAGUGGUCUACAACGCCGGUGACCAUGCAGCAACAGGCUCGCCUCUUUGCGGCUCAGCAGCAAGCCCAAGCACAGGCCCAGCAGUUGCAGAUGCAGGCCCAACAGAUGCGCCUGGCCCAGCAGAUGGGCAUCAUGCAGGGCAUGGUGCCGGGGUCGUACCCGUCGUCGCCGUACACAGCGUCAGGUAUGAGUCCACAGAUGCAGUCACUGGCAUACAUGCAGCAGUUCCAUGCCCACCAGCAGGCAGUCCAGGCUCAGCAGCAGGCGGCACAAGUCCAGUCGAUCAAGACGAUGUCGCACUCCCAGCAGGCGCUCUCGCACUUGCAGCAGCUUCCUCAACUUCAGCAGCAGCAAGUCUUUAAUCAAGGUCUCGUCACGCCAACCAUGACCGACGUGUACUCCAGCUCGUUCGGCAAGCUUACCCCGGGUUCAGCUUCGGGCUCGGGUCCGGGCUCGGGCUCAGGCCCGGGCUCGGGCUCGGGCUCAUACCCGUCGUUGGCGCAGACUGGCUCGCUCGGUACGUCCGGCAUUGCUCCGGUCUCCUACGAGGUCCAGAACGCGCGCCAAGCCCUUGACCUUGCCAAUCAGGUCUUGUACAACGCACACGGUCAGGUGGCCGCCCCGAGCAACAGCCAAUCAAUGGCUGCCGCCACCACCAAGGCCGACGAUGCUGCUGCUGCUACCACUGCUGCCGCUGUCGCUGCUGCUGCUGCCGCCGCCAGUACGGCCAACGUCGCUGGCAGCACCCCAGCAGCAAUCUAA